GGAGAAAGCGAGUAAGCUAGUGCUUAUGUUGUGGACACACGAGCACAGAUCAAACGAAACAGUCUACCAAUGGCAGAUGAUUUAUAUCGUUGCUUAUUUCGAUAUAAUUUUCGGGUAAUUCGGGUUGCAAAGUUGGUCAUUUAGGCAGCAUAUAAUCAGGAAGGCCUCCAGACUGAACGCUAUGGCCAUGACUUCCAUCAGCAGUCUGGAUGAUGGGACGAUUUUAGCUAAACUGAGCAGUUCGCAGUACUUGUGAGUCUUCAACCCCUGUCCUACUUGGUAUUUCUGUGUAAAUAUCCAGCUUCUAAUUUAGCUAGUAAUAUUCCCUUGACCUGACCUCAGAGUAGCGGCACUAUGAGUGUCCUAAAGUGCAAAGAAAAGGAUACCCCCAACAGCCUGUCUAAUAGAGAUGCUAUUGAACUUCCUGAAGAUCUCUCUUUGAGCGACUCUGACCCUGAUGAGCCCACGGUACAUUUUGGCAGAAAGGUUGAGGAUUUGUCGUCUUCCUCUGAGGAGGAAGAUGAUGCUUUGCAUCGUCAGCUUGUUCCUCAAGACAAUCCCACCUUCAGACUGACAGGUGGAAGCUCUGGUUUCUGUGAUCGAAGUAAGGACAUCUUUGCACAGUUGGAUAGUGCUGCAAAGCUCACCUCUAAACAGCUAGGUGAAGACAACAUUCUUGAUGGCAUGUUUGCUCGUCCUGCUCCGCCGUCACCUCCACAUGUAGCUCAAAGAAAGUGCAGUAUUGAACCAGAGGCAACCAAAAAACAACCUCAAAUAAAAAAAUUACCAGACUACCUUGCACAUCCUGAGCGCUGGACCCACUACAGCCUUGAAGAUAUCCCUGAAACCAGUGAUCGAAAGAAUAGCCAGGUGGCUCAUCAGUUUAUACAAGGGCUUCGAGAUAGCAAGAGGUCUCAGAAUGCUGCAUUGGAGACUUUCACUCCAGCUUUCAAUCAGGAUCACAGCAGCAGCUAUGAGAACAAGAUUGUGUUCACUAAACCUAAAAGCAAAGAUCAAAGCGGGAACAAACUUGACCAUCUUAGGAAGGAAGAGGUUGGACUUCAACACUUGGAUGACAGACAAGAGAAUGAACAAGGAGAGGCUGCCCCUCUUCAUCACCUCGGCUCAUGGAAGAAUGAAGAAAAGAAAAGGAAGUGGGUGCCUGAGAAAGAGAAAGAAGAGGAAAACAAUAAGGUGACUGGUUUUGUCUUCAACAGUGGCAAGAAAGUAAACCGCAAAUGCUUCCGUAAAACACUUGAAGAUGAUGAGGAAGGCACAGAGUGAACUUUAAUCCUUAAAAACUCUAGUUUUUAUGUUUGUAUGCACAUGAAAACCUUUCCAUUAUUUUGUAUAAACAUGUUUGAGUACCCACAUAUUUUGCUUUUGGCAUUUAUGGGGUCAGUGGUUCAAUGAUUUCAUGAAAAUGAUCAAUUCACAAAGAACUGGCUUCCCAAAGUAUCCUUUGUCAUAACGAAUUAGCCCACAUAUCUGUAUUUCAGUGUAUACACUAUAACAAUUCAGAAGUACUGUUACUGUGUCAGUUUUUAUGCUCACUUUUCAUGAAUAAACUCAGUUAUGUUCUUUGA